AUAAAAAUGAAAACGCUUAAAUUAACAAUACUUUUAGCAUUUUCUAUUAAAGACUCUUCAAGCACCCCAAGCGGUAAGCCUGAAAAACAUAAAUCGCAUGGAAAACAAAAAAAGGACAAACGGAAUCCUAGUAAAAGGAAUAGUCCAGUGACGUUGCAAAAACCUGAGUAUAUGUAUGAAGUCGACAGUCCCAUUGGUAGUUGCCAUGUAGAGUAUGAGAUUCUACCUGGACGGCCAAAAUAUCAAAUUGACGUUGUUUGCUGGAAAACAAUAGCAAAGGUAUACACUCUCGAUGGGCACAUCGCAUUAAAGACCUGUGUAAAAGAUGAUCUAUCUUGGGUUCCGGUAUAUGUUACACACGUUUUCAAUGACUUGGAUGUUUCGGAUAUCUUUAAAUUACACGGUCAUGUAAUUAACUACAUCAUAAUGACAAAUCCAGCAAAACUUGGAAAUGACGCCAAAAAGGAAAAAAAUAAAACUUUUUUCAUAAAUCAGAAAAAUCUAGAAUCUCCAAAAAAGUUUUCUUUGGCGUAUGAUUACGAUCCAAAUGUAAACCAAUACAACUAUGAUGAAGAACCUUUAAAGAAUUUUAUUGAAGGUUUAAUAUGGGAAUGUGCUGAGUAUCCAGGAAAGUUCAACGAUAAAGAAGUUAUAACAAAAUUAAAAUUUUUAGACUACCCACUUCAUGAAUUUUAUACAAAUCAGAUUAUAGAUCGCAUCAAAGUGUCUGACGCUGUUAUGUUCAAAAGUUUUGCCCCUUCUUGCCCGCCCCCGUCGUUUCACGAGGAUAUGGAUGAAAACGAAUCUCCUCAAAAAACUAACAAGAAAUCCAAAGGUAAAGGAGAUCCUGAAAAAACGACUAAGCACGAAAAAAAGAAAGAUAAAUCGCAAAAUGCUAAUAAAGACAAAGGAUGUAAUGCAAUAACCAUACGAGUAUCGGGAGAAGGGCUAUACACAGAUCCCGACCUUGCCAUCUAUAGCCUAACAGAAGCCUGUGGUCCUCUUGGAGAAGCUUACGUUUUAAUGUCGACAAAUGAAUUACUCACAAAGAUACAAAAAAACGAAUUUAACUCACUCAUAAUUAAAAUUAAUAAAAUUACCAACUUACCUCUGAAGGAAUUAAUUUUACAUGGGUUUAAAGAUAUUUCUGUUCGAUACAACGUGCCAUUUAUUGCGCAGUGUACAACGGUAGCGAAACCUUUGGAACAGUGCAUAACAUUUAAUGAGGGACACGCGCACUUUCUACCUGGUGUACCCAAACUGAAAUUUUUGGAAUUUAUUCAAACUGGAAGAUUAAUCGCAGAGAUACGAGGACGCAGAGAGCAACAUUUCAAGACCGUUGUACCAAGCCUGUUUGGUUUCGAAGCUAAUGACAAGUGUAUAGGAAGAAAAGUCACAAUUCGAAACUGCAAACAAAUUUUGGAAAGAUGGAAUGUUAAAUCCACUAUGGUCACAUUGGCGGUAGCAUGUUUUAAUGUUUCAUCACUUCUGAAACCUUCCUGGUUUGUUGAAGAAGCUGGAACUUGUCAUCAUCCCGAUGCCCUACUAUAUAAAAGGAACAAUUAUAGAAGAUACAGCACAACCACAAUCAAUAAUAUUAAUUUAGAGGUCCUGAGCAAACUUAAUAGUGGUAGUCCCUUAACAGAAGUGCACCGUCAAAUGCAUUUUUGGAGCUUUACAGUAACAAUUCUAUUUUCAACGAACUCUUUGUGAUUGUGAAAAGAUAUGAGCUGGCACAUCAAUUGUUACACUUGGUUAUGCUACAUAAUCAAAACAUUUUGGGACCAGAAGUUAUGAUCGCUAAUUAUUUAAAAAGCAACAUUAACAAGGAACUUGAUUCUGA